UGGUUUACUUCUGAAUCAUAGAUCGACAAGUUGUUCAACACGACAACACUAACAAAUAUUUGUACAUAUUUUUGAAAAUCUUUAAAUUACUUAUAUUACACAUCAUGUUUAAAUUUCUAAUAAUUAGUAUUGUCGUGACAAUUGUAUACGGUAAACCAGGUGGUUUGGGUUACGGAGGAUAUGGUGGAUCUGGAGGAUACGGUGGAUAUGGAGGAUACGGUGGAUAUGGAGGAUAUGGAGGAUAUGGUGGAUAUGGAGGACACGGAGGACACGGGGGAUAUGGAGGAUAUGGAGGAUAUGGUGGAUAUGGAGGUUACGGCCAAUAUGGAUUAGCUCCAGCAACUAGUUAUAGCUCCCGUGUUGACUACCAUUCACCAGCCAUCAAAACCUACGUAGCACCUGCAGCAAGCUACCACAGUGCUCCUCUAGCGUCUUACGGGCUUGGUCACGGAUAUGGCGCAGGUCUAGGAUAUGGUUAUGGCUUAGGGCACGGUCACGGUCUAGGACAAGGUUACGGAGGUUACGGCAAUGGAUACUCUUUGGGAAGCUACGGUCAUGGCUGGUAGUUAACCUAACUUAUAUCUUAAUAGGCUGUAAGCAAGUUAUAUAUGUGUUCAUUUGUAUAUUUUGUAAAAGAGAAAAAAUAAAUUAUUUUGACUUUUAA